UGGCAGGCCUGUGGACAUCUUGAUGACAUUUCAUUUAUUACAGAUAAUCUUCAGGGCAGUUGUUCCAUUGUGGCACUAACACAGGAGCCAGAAGGUCACACAACAUCAGAAGAGGACCAAACUGACAAUACACCAUGAAAUACUCACUUCUCUGGUCAGCCACACUGGUGCUUCUGUCCUCAGGUCUCUGCCAUGGAGCCGGUUUCGUCACUGUUGACGUCCUUCGUGGGAUAACAGGAGGGAGCGUGACCUUCACAACAUCUGUGAAACCGACCACAGAGCCGUUCCUGGCACUGACCUGGGGCUUCAACGGCACCACCAAUGUGAUCACUUCCACCACUGCGGACGUCGUGGGACAAGGCUACGAGAACCGGGUUGAAGUGGAUAAAUCCACUGGAUCUCUGGUGCUGAGACAUCUGACAGAGAAAGACAGCGGAGAAUACGAGUUGAUGAUCAUCCCAAAUGGAGGAGAGCAGAUUCAAGGAACUGCCAAGCUGGAAGUAUUGACCCCAGUGUCAGAACCCACCAUGGCCUGUCCCACAGGGAACUUAAUAGAGGGCAAAACCUCUGUGAAACUAGCCUGUGAUGCCAACGGCUUGGUGAGCAGAGAGUGGAUGAAAGAUGGAAAACCUGUUGCUCCUGGAGGCAGAUUCAGUUUUCACGAGGGCAACAGAGUGUUGUCCAUCAGCCCAGUGGACCGGAUGGAUACUGGAGGGUUUCUCUGCAACGUCAGCAAUGAUAUCAGUUUUGAAACAACCAAUUGCAGUCUCAAAGUCUUCUAUGGACCUGACAGACCGAUAAUCGAUCAGACGCCAAUCGGAGCAGAGCUGGAGGAUAGGGUCACUCUGAGGUGCUCUGCUGACUCACUGCCAAAGGCGACUUACUACUGGAGAUUCAAACACAUGCUGAUGUACGGGCCUGUGCACUUCAUCCACGAGAUGGAAGAGAGGCACCUGGGGAAGUACACCUGCACCGCCCAAAACUCUGUCACUGGUCUGGAGACCUCUGAGGUCCACAAACUGCAUGGUACUUAAGCUCUCUUUCUCUCUUUUGCAUGCCGUGGAUCUGUUUGUGGAGUAAUGUCUUUCUUUUUCUGAUCCAGACUCAUCCACUGCCAUCAGUGGUUCUAUUUCCACAAUGGUUUGCACUGUCCUGAGCUUGGUGGGACUCAUGUUGAUGUAAAGACUGCAUUGUGUCUGUGGAUAUAGACUCAACACUUACAUCUGUAGAAUAUUACUGCUCUGCCCCAUCGAGUUUCUAAUGUGGAUGAAAUGUAAAAUAAUAAAUGACUAAU